GCCAAAAAGCGCUCGGAAAACGCAUAAAUGGAUUCUCGCACGCGACAACGUGUGGAGGGCAGCGCCCGACCUGGUAGCAUACCGCUGCGCCCGGAACUGGUCGAGUUUAUGAGUGCGCGGUGCCUCAGCCGCUACUCCAGGUGCAGCAAAGUUGUGCGCGCCGACGUGCGCGAGGCCAACGCGUGGCAAUUGCUCGCGGCGCGGCAAGCGCCGCUCGCGACGCCGCGAAUCGCUCGCGACGCCUUGGAGAUCGACGCAAUAUCGCGCGUGCGGUCGCACGUGCGCCGGCGGCUGCUCGCGGACGCUCUGGAGAAUACCUCCGCGCCACGACUUAAUCCAAACCACUUUGAGGAUUUUACAUUUUUUGUGCGCCUACGCCAGGAUGAUGUCGUGAUUUGGGAGGGCGACCUACUUCAUCAGCGAGCAGCAGCUGGAACUCCUUCUGACAACGGGUGCCUUCAUCUUCCUUUGGCCGAAGUUUGGGCCACGAUAAAGCAAUCAGGUUCGUGCGCGGAGCUGACAACUUGGCUCGCACAGACAGGCACAUUGCUGGAACAAGAUCAGGCUGUCUUGGGACGUCUCUCGAUAACUUUGGUCGCAAUUCGAAAAUCAGACGAAGCAGUGGUCUCGCUUGGGCACUUUUCCAUUCUAAGUUGGGAUCAAGUAUUCGGGACCGGCAACCCAGAUCAGUCGUUUAAAUUUAAUAGCUCUCCACAUGUUCCUUUGUUUGCUUCGCCAGGCCAUCAAUUUCGGGCUGACUUGUGGCUAGGAACUUUACACGGCACGACUGGUGGAGGCACAUUAGACUACCUCGAUCUCGAGAUAACUCAUUCUGUGACGAGGGAAACUGCUCACAGUGGAGAACUAUCUACACAUUCGAUGCGAUAUCUGCUGACGUAUCUCGCUGGAGUCCAGCCCUUCGAACGCGCAGCAGCGCUGAGGACGAUCCAAAGCUGGGGGAGUAUUGAUUCCGACUCGGAGCCGGACUCGGAUUAAACUCUAGGAUUAAACGUAACCCAAGUUAGAC